UUAUGUGGCCCGCCCGGGGGCUAUCCGCCCAGCAUUCCUUGUCCUGUAGACCCAUCCUCUAGCCUAGCCAGGACCCUGCCCUGCCAGACCUAUCUCUGAACCCCAGGAUCACCUUUAAACGCCACGUCCCUCACGUAUGCCAUGGUCUCCCCUUGUUCUAUCUUUUUGUUGUUCCUGCCCUGUCCCAGUACUUCAGUGCCUGCGUCCUGCACUUGGGUCCACGCUCAUGUCCCCUUGUGACAAUAAGUCCCAUUGUUUCAGUGGUUUAAUUUUUUUGUGGUUUUGUCUGAGGUUGAAAAUUACCCACACACCUUAAGCAUUCUUUUUUAACAAUAGUUAUCCCCAAAUAUGUAACUUUGUCUUUUACUGGAAUAUUAUUAAUUUUAGAUUGAGUGCAACAUUUAAGAGGAAACGAUUCACAUUUCUGAAUAUUUAGACAGAGGCCUGAGGCUUUGGAGAAAGAGAAAUACGGUUUAAAGCCAAUGAGAUUUCCGAAACAUCAUUUAAGAAUCGUAUCAUCUGCAACCUGACUAAUCAGAAAAUUGGAGCUUCCACGGGAUUAUAUUUUGCACUUAUGAUCUGUUACCGUUUAUGUUCCAGUCGUAAAACCAAAGGCGGAAUCACCAUUUUGCUUGUAAUUUUAAUAGAUGCAUAGCAAAUCAGUGUGAGUAGGAAAGGUGUGAGUUGACAAAUUAAUUUCUGUGUAAGUUGCCUGCGUUUGGUGAUUGCUGCAAACAGAUGGAGAUGAAUGACAAUACGGGGAGAAUACAAAAGUGAUACUUGUAGGAUCCGUGUACAUGGGUGGUUGAAGUUUGUUACUGAUCCCGCGGGCUGAAGAGUUGUCUCCGUGCUGUAACUAUCACUGACUGAUUCCAGAAGCCUCAAUUCCUACAAUAAUCUUUUGCCUGUUUGAAGCCUGUCGGCGAGGAAGGAGUUAUAACUUGUGUAGCUUUGCAUCUCAAGGCGUUUCCUGUUUAUCAGCCGAUUUAUAUCAGUUUCGAUUUCCCUUAUUCCUUUCUAUUGUUUUACUUCGAUGUAAUUUCCCUAGUACGUUGACUGUGUUGAUGCUUUCAUAGCCAAUCUGAGGUCACUGCAAGAUUACUGCGUAUCUUCUACCAGUUUACUCUAAAUUCUUGGUGACCUUGGCGAUUUCAUUUGGGAGAGAGAAAGAUCAUGUCGUUUUUAUCACAGGCCCAAAGAAGGGGAUGUUCUGAAAUCCUAAAAUCAUUAAGCUACCAUAGUUUGAGUGAACUGAAGAAAGCUGUAGUCCGUGAACGGUUGUCUAUAGAUGACCUCAUCGGUAUCAUUCUGAACCACAGCCAAAGUGCAGAAGAGCUCCUAAAACGCAGGAAGGUUCUGCGUGAGGAUAUAUUGAAGUACCUAAAUAAACAAGGUUUGGAGCUUUCUCCAUUGUUGGACAAACCGCAACUUAUUAAUAAAGCUUUGAUCUAUUGGAGUAUAACAGAAACGAACGGAGAGCCAUCAACAGCUGAAGCCAAUCUGCAAUUCCUGCACCUAAUAUCAAUGGAAGAACUGGAGGAGGCAAGGAGACGAGAGGAGCAACUGCGAAGGCAAGAACAAAUACCGAAUCCACCACAGGGUGCAACAGCCACGGAGUUGGUAAUUUCACAGACCCAAAGAAGAGGAUGUUCAGAAAUCCUAAAAUCAUUAAGCUGCGAAAAUUUGCUUGGACUGAAGAAGAAUGUAGUCUGUGGAGGGUUGAAUGCAGAAGACCUCAUCGGUAUCAUUCUGAACCACAGCCAAAGUGCAGGAGGGCUCCUAAAACGCAGGAAGGUUCUGCGUAAGGAAAUAUUAAAGUACCUAAAUAAACAAGGUUUCGAGCUUUCUCCAUUGUUGGACAAACAUCAACUUAUUGAAUACGCUUUGACCUAUUGGAGUAUAACAGAAACAACUGGAGAGCCAUCAACAGCUGAAACCAAUCUGCAAUUCCCGCACCCAAUACCAAAGGAAGAACUGGAGGAGGCAAGGAGACGAGAGGAGCAACUGCGAAGGCGAGAGCAAAUAGCGAAUCCACCACAGCGUGCAAAAGCCAUGGAGUUGGACAUGCAUGUGAAUAUUUCACAGUAUUAGCAAGUGGUAGUUGGAGUCUCAGAAGGUGAACAAAUGGGCAAGGCGUCUGCGAAUGGUUCUUCCAGCUUCUGAACUCUCAGAAUUCUUCCUUUGGACAAAGUGUGGGACUUCUGGGUCGAUGCAAUUCUUCACUUUACCUAUUGUGUUUUUGAACAGCUCUUUGGGUUCAUCCACACACCAAUCUGAGUAAGCAACUAGAAAAUCAGGUAUAUUAAUCUUCAGGUGAAAGCUUCUUUAUGAACAGCUUGUAAUUAUGCAACCCAAUGAGUCUGUUCAGAUGACAGAACUACAUUUGCUUGUUACUAUCAUUUCAGUUAACUGAUAGAUUUCCUCCAUGAUCUAAGUGUAAAUUUUGUUUUGAUAUAUUUUUACUUGUUGGCAGUUUGAUGUUUAUUUUUUAGAAGCUUUCUUUUUGACACAUGGCUCCGAGGUUGUAUCCUCGGUUGGUUUUUUUUGGACACGCAGAGGGAUGUCUCCAGACAGGUAUAUGUAGUUCAGCACACUCACUUUUCUUGCUUAGUAGGGUUUUUUAAUCACAUUUUUCAAUUUUUAAGAUAAUUUUUUGAGGCAUUGUAAGUAUUAUUACUUUGGUGUACCUGUGUAUUUUUGAAUAAUAAUAAUAAAAAGAUUUGAGAAAAAAUGUAUCUGUUCAGAUGACAGAACUACAAACCUCUAACAAUGAAUUAAGUGCACUUCCGAAGUAAUUUGUUUUGGAAACCAUUUUCAGUUUUAUAGCCUGAAAGGAUUUGAAAUUUGUGUGAAUUUAUGUAAUGGGUGGGCAAUUUCCUGCAUAAA